UACACAUGCUAACUCAGGAGUACACAUGUGUCAGUACAAAGGCAUGGUGAUUCAUCACAAAGGAGCAAAGCUUACUGCAGUGUGCUGCCUCCUCUCAAAGCUUCCUGCCUCUCUGAGCAGGUACCACCCUCCUUCCCAGUCAGAGACAGGCUGCGGCUCCGUGCACCGGUGGAAGGACACUGCGUACCAGGACAGACGCACAGCCCAGCCAUCAGGACAAGAGCGCUAGUAGAACCCGGGUCUAGCGAGAGACGCUCCCAUCCCCCAGUGCAUAGGCAGUGACUUCGAACUGGGGACAAAGGACGGGCUGUUUCCUAAAAUGUUUUCUCUGGGGUUGAUCUAGGAUAGUGGAAGGUAAGCAGCUCAGCGUUUUUUCCAGCCUUCUCGGUAAUGGAUGAUACCCUGCCGCAGGCACAACUGACGGAGGAUCGAAUCUAGGACUUGACAUUCCGGCUGAUUUUUUUUUUCGUAUAUUGAAAGACGUCUAAUGAAGUCAUACAAAGGUGACUUCAUGCAGUGAACACAAAGUUUACAUUUCAGCUAGAAGAUGGACCGUUUUUGAAAAACGACAGCUAACAUUCAUGAUGUGAUGAAAAAUAAGUGCAUAAACCUAAGAGGUGGAAGAGUCCUUCCUAAGGAGCAUAAAGACAAAAUGACAUCCACUGGAACCUUCUCUCCUUGGGACCCCCCAAAACCUUUACCCCAGAAACCUGUCCGCGUGAUAAAAGCUGCUGCACCAAUGAGGGCUCGACCUCAGUUAGCUCCAAAACCUCAGUUAGCUGGCCAAGAUGUCACCUACACUGUGGAUAAUGACAAAAUCAAAGAAACUGAAAGGAUGCAAGAUGCUGCCACUGAGCUGGCUAAGACUGGAAGCAGUACCAUACAUCAUGAGGAAUCUGGAACUGCACAGUCCAAAAGUAAUACACUUGGUGUUAUUAAGAAAUCAGGAAAGGUUAAGAAGAUGGUUAACCAGUUUGAUAAGGUUUUGGGACCAGAAGGUAAACAAAUCACUCAGAUGCCUCCUCAGUACUCAAAACUACAAAAUGGUAAGCCAGCAAAGGACAUGAACUCAUUUUCACUGGCCAAAGAGAUGACCCCAUAUAAGAAAUACAAUAAGGCUAGACUUGUUAGCAGUGGAGAAACACAGGUCAUGCUUGCAGCUCCAGAACGGCUUGCUGAAGGCAGCAGUGUCUCUGCAGAGCAGGAUGACAAAACAGAAAAAUGUAAUGAAACACUUUCUUUCCACAAAAGUCUGGAAAGUAAUCUUGAGCUUGAAGCACCUAACCAGCCAGGGCCAAAGAGUGAAUUCCUGGAUUUCGAAUGCAGUCAGCCUGUAGAAGUGCCUGUGCCUUUAAUGGACGUACUCAAAGAGUGCCCAACUAACUGCCCUUGCUUAUGUCACAUACAGCGACCAGGAAUGGUGCUCUCAUGGGUUCCAGCAAAGAGGGAGGAGGCAGAAGGAGAAGAAGACAAUGAGCCCUUUUCAGACUCAUCCUCAUUAAGUAACUCUCAAACAUUUCAGCACAUUUUUGUUGUAAAUGAGGACCCACAGGCAUGUCUAGAUCCUUCUGUUGGAGCUUAUAAUGAAUCUAAUGAUAGAACUCAGAAUGGUAUAUUGGAGGAGUUUCAGGAUUCUGACAACUGCAAAGGCUACAGUUGCAGUGAACUGAGUGAUGUUAUCCAUAGUGACACCAGUAGUGUUAACAGUGAGAUCCCAGGCAAUGAAAUCAGUGAUAGCUGUACCAUGGGCCAAGCUGAGCAAACCACAGUCACCAUGCUGUCUUACAGAUCUGCUGUACAGGAAGAGGCCAAUGAUGUAUUAAACAUUCCAGUGUGUGAGCUCUCCAGUGUUAAAGAUUCAGAGGGAGAACAAACUGCUGCAGCUAUUCAAGUUCCUCCCACAAAAGCUCGUAUCUGUAAACCACCACGAAGGAAGAAGUUCCUGACCCAGCUAUCAUCAGACAAGGAGGAGCAGCCACCAGCUAUUCCACCACGUGUACCUAUAAAGCCCCCAAGACCUCUACAUGCAUCAUCUUUCCCUGGGUGGUCUGGCCUAGAUAAAAAGAUACCAGAAGACAGAAAGCCAUUACAGGCCCCAUAUCAGAGCGCAACACACAGCCUUCCUCUUGAGGGAGUUCAUUAUCAUAAAAAUGGAAGGACUUCUACUUUAAUAGCUGAAGAAUCCUACCUACAGCAAAAAAAGAUCCAGGUUCAGAUACCAGUGGGAGAAGAUGACCAAAUUGAUAAUGGUGGAAGUCUACACAGCCAACAGUCGCAACAGUUCAGAAGGAAACUGAACACACAAAGAUCAACAGACUGGGAAUCACGGUUACAGGAUGAGCCCUUGUACCAGACAUAUCGUCAGACUGUCAUCUCUAAAGAAAUCAAAAGACAAACUUUAGCAAGGAAUGUCAGCAAAACAAGUAUUGACUACAACUUUGAGGCACUUGACAACAGCCCUGAAAGAGGACGAGCCUCACCAAAAACAAGCCAACGAUCAACCAGCCAACAGAAUACCCUGUGGCAGGAUCUUCCUGUGGUGAGAGAUAGUGGAGUUCUACAGAAAAUUGAUAAAGAGCAGAUACGACUUCAGGAGAGCAUGUUUGAAGUGCUGACAUCAGAAGCGUCCUACCUCAGAUCACUUAAUGUUCUGAUUGAUCACUUCAUGAACUCCAAGGAGCUUGAAAACACCAUCAUUAUCCGUGAGAAGAAGAUCCUCUUUUCAAACAUUUCCAAGGUCAAGGAGGUCAGCGAAAGCUUUCUGAAUGACCUAAAAGAUCGAGUGGAUGAAAGUAUCCUUAUAAGUGACAUCUGUGAUAUUAUCCAUUGUCAUGCAGAACACGACUUCCUGGUCUACAUUGAUUACGUCAGGAACCAGAUCUACCAGGAGCAGACAUACAGCUCCCUCAUGGAGAAGAAUGUAGCAUUUGCUACGGUUAUCUGCCGGUUGCAGGAACUGCCUCAGUGUCAGAAGUUGCCCCUUACAUCCUUCCUUCUCUUACCCUUUCAGAGGAUAACACGGAUCAAAAUGCUGACUGAGAAUAUCUUAAAAAGGACAGAAGAAGGAUCAUCAAGGGAACAAAAUGCUAUCAAAGCACUUGCAUCAGUUUCUAAGAUUAUUGACAGCUGCAAUGAAGAGGUUGGGAAAAUGAAACAGAUGGAGGAACUGAUUCAUAUUGCCAAAAAGAUAGAGUUUGAUAAAUUGAAGGCUAUUCCAAUCAUUUCGCAGAAUAGGCGUGUUGAGAAACAAGGGGAACUUUCAGAAAUUAUCCAGAGAGGCUCCAUGUUUGGCCUAAAACCCAAAUUUACUCCAGUUUACCUGUUUCUGUUCACUGAUUUACUGCUUAUCUGCAAGAGAAGCUCUGAGAAGUAUGUGGCCCUUGAUUAUGCCCACCGCUCCUUAGUGCAUGUGCAAGACUGCUCAGAAUACCCCCAGAAUGCCGGAAUGGAAAACUGCUUCUAUCUGUCACUGCUGGAGAACCACCAGGGAAAGACAUCUGAGCGUCUAUUAAAGGCCCCUACACAGUCUGAUAUGCAUCGAUGGAUAGCUGCUUUUCCAAAACCAACCAACGAAACUAACUCCACUAGUGACACUGUAUAUGAGGACUGGGACUGUCCACAGGUGCAGUGCGUGGAGGCAUACACUGGCCAGCAGGCUGAUGAGUUGACGCUUGAGCCAACAGACAUCAUCAAUGUACUGAGGAAAACCAGUGAAGGCUGGUAUGAAGGUAUACGUUUAUCAGAUGGCCAGAAAGGAUGGUUCCCAGGCAGCUACACAGAUGUAAUCUCCAAUGAACAUGUACGAAUGCGAAAUCUGAGAGAGCGUUACCGGGUCUUACAGGCAGCUCGUCAUUUACAGAAGGCAAAAGCCUCUGAUACAAAAAGGAAAGGCGGAGCCAGCUAUUGAUAAACUCUUUUAACAACAUAUGACGAUGUAAAAGACUAACAUGUCAAACUUAUAGUAUGGAGCCUUUACUGGUGUUAUGGGCAGAACACUUGCACUUGUAACCUAUUCCUCAAAAAAGAAUAUCACCAUUGGGGUACACUACCAUUGUUCUGGAGCACUUUAAUGAAGAGUCAAACUAAAAACAGGGAAUCUUAAAGAUAUUAUCUUUUGAUCAUCAAAAUGCCUGAAAUGUUCUCAACAGACUGAUAAGUGUUACUUUAAUUGUUUUUUAAACAAAAGUUGUUUUACGUUUGUUUCUGUUCCUAGGAAAAAAAUAACCUCUGUAGGAAUUUAUAUUACUGUUACAUAAAAGUUUAUUCAGUCAUUUACUUUAACAUCUGGGCAUGUCAUCUCAACGACAGUAACCUCACCUCCCUGUUCAGUCUAGUAAGAAGCCUUCCAGUGAACCAAAGUGUACUGCUUUGUAGAUUUUUCUGUGUUGGAUCUAUGGGGCUUGAUCCCUGCCACAAGGUUGAAGGGGAGGCAUCUGGAGAAAAUAAACACACCAUACAGGUAAUAAAGGGAAACUAGUUACUGUGUGCAGAGUUAAUAUAAACCAAUGGUAUUGUCUGAAAUGUUCAGACUGCAGCUGGAUGUUUAUAUUGAAGAAUAUGAAUGAGUCCUUGUGUGUCUUUAGUGACACAAAUGUAUAAUGGCCAGUCAGUCCCUGCACUGAUAGAUUUAACCUUGUGUGCAGUGGUCUAAAACACAGCACAUAUUAAAAUGAUUUUAUCAGACACCCAAUAUAACAUCACAUCUUGUAGGGCUUCUCAAUCAGUAGGCAAUAUGUGAUGAACAGAGUUUCCAUUCUCAAGAUAACAGUUCUCAGAUUCUCUUUUUUCACACCCAUGUUAGGAACUGCACUUCCCUCUUCAGUAAUGGCUUUUGUAAGUGAUGUCUGAGUAUGUUCAUAAAAGGGUGGACUAACCCUUCCUCAGUCAUUUCUGGCUAAGAAGGUGGCGGGGUAUGAAGCUAUGUCAGAAGAAAACACCUUUCCCUCAUGAAAGCAGAACUUGACAAAGCAAAAAAAUUAUCACGUUCAAGGGAAUGGAAGGAGGUUAAUCAUCCUGCUUACAGAGAAGUCCAGAAAAAUCUGGAGUUAAGGUAGUUGCCUACGUAACCAGCCUAUCUCACAGAGACUGUGCCAGGCAGCAGAGAAUCUUCACUGAGUGAGUACUAACUGGUGACUGAAGAGAGGAGGAGAAAAAUGGACAUAUACAUAGGUCGUCUCCUGAGCCCUAACCACAAAUGCAUUAUCGUUGUUAACAGUACAUAAUAAAUCUGUGAGAUGUAGAGCAGAUAGCAGCAGCAGAGGUACCCUGGAUGGCAGCUUAGGUACCCUGGAUGGCAGCUUCCCUGUAUCCAACAGCUGAAAAGGUAACCACUGUAAUGAAACUGUAUGUUUUGCAUACAAGAGAGAGACUUGAUCACCUUAAUGUUGAAGUUCAGUGUAUAUAACAGUUUAAGUCAUUCUGCACAUUUCAUUUAUCUAGGAGAGCUUCUUCAUGAUUACACUUCCUUGGAAACUAAAAUGUCACAUGAAAAUACUGGUUUAAUGUGAAAUACAAAACUAGAAUCACUUUUGGAAGAAAUGUAGGAUUAAUGUAAAAGUGAACCACAUGUUUUGAAAGAGCAGAAGGACCUUCUCACAGCAGAAUGCUUGAAGCUGUCCUGGUGGUAGUGACUGCAAAUCAGGACAGCACUGGAAAGGAAGCUAAGCUGAUGGGAAACAGUUCAGAUGAUGAGAGUGGUAACUUCUGCAGUACAUAACAUAGAUCAUAUAAAAAAACAAGAGCUUUUGAAAAUUUCUUGAAUCAAAUUUCUGUGGAUUAUUUAUUUAUUUAUUGACAUUUGUUGACCGAGAAAGUCCACUGAGCCCAAUGACCCAUUUUCAGUGGAGGCCUGUGGAGAAGAGCUGUUGGAAGUCACAUGUAAUUAAUCCAUUUAAACCUGUGUUCUUACAGAUGGUUCAGAAAAGCCAAGGUAGAGUGGCUAGUUGGAAUGCCACCACAGAGUACUGAAUGCCAUUGUCAAAAAAAAUAAGAGACAGUGCAUCUUCUUUUACUAGGAAACAGAAGGUCAAUUCCCUUGGCUACUGAGCAAAAAGCAAAUAUUUUAUUUUCCAUUGAAUAAGUAACCCCAUUAGUAUCUUACUCACAAUCAGAAGGACUUUAUUUUCAUUUACAUAUUUUGCCACUGCACAUCUAGAGAUGGCUGCUGAGUUUGGAGCCAAGCAUGACGUUUUAGAAUUUUAGGAUCCAGGACAUAGUCCAUCUAGAGUCUGGACAAUUCCUUUGGGUAGAGAACAUCAGCUUUGGAACAGGGAAACUAAUGUGCUAAGCCCAGCACAGUGCAUCAGAAUCACCUUGGGGAAUUUUCUUUUAAUUCUGAGAAAUAUAAUUCAAAUAAGAGCUAUAGAGUGAGAAACAUUAAAAAACUACCGUUUCAAAGACAAAUAAAAGGCAAUUAGACAGGAAGCUUUUGAAUCUUAUACGCCUAUGAUUUAGAGCAAGGAGCUGGUCACUGCUACCUUCCAGUAGGUUGUGUGCCAUUCUCCUUGAGACUGUAAUACUUUGUGCUUUGCUGGUUUAAUAAGGCCACCUUUAGGGGACUGUAGGACACAGAAAGGUAUGCAUUGUGCCCAUACUUAAAUUACACAUGGUUCUUGGUACUGUCAGUGUGCUCUCAUGUUUAAGUUAGUACUGCUAUACAUACCAAAUGGAUUCUACUGCUGGUAAGUAGUCACAGGAAGUAGCUGUUUUACCAAACCAAAGCAGUUCUUUUAGAAGCAGAUCAGCACUGCUGUAAUCUCCUGAUUGUCCUGGUCAUUUACUUACAUGUGGAUACCUCCAUGACAGAGAAUAAGCGGCCGCUGUCAUUGUUCUUUUGGGAGCUCAGUCUGGUACUGUAUUUUGAUAGGACUACUACCUCGUUCAGUCCUGCUGUUGCUGGUUGGCUGGCUGUGUAGGCACUGUGCAUGUUACAGUCUCAUUGUUAACAGGGCUAAUCUGGAUUCCAGAUAGGCAAUUAAAGGUCCUUGUGUUCAAGGCAAAGUGCUGAGUGUGUGGAGAUCACUGCAGUAAUGGGGUGUUAUUUUAGUCAGGAGUUUCUGUUCACUGUUGGAUAACAGGUCUCCUUUCCCUUUAACUCACUUCAGUAUGACUGUCAGUUUUGGUAUCCUUGUUUGGUUGACUCACGACAAUGACUCAUCAAUCUACCACAAUCUUUAAAUCAGAAAUAGAUCCAUUUCUUAAGAAAGGGUCAGUAGUUAAGCAGUGCAUAAUGUAACAAAAGGGUAUGUUGAUUGCGCUCACAUGAAUGAUUUAAGAUUGUUGUGA